AUGGGUCGGUUGGCUAAACUACUUUCUAGUAGACAGCAAGGGAAUUUUCCUAGUUCCACAGAGGUAGAUCCCAAAGAGCAAUGUCAACCUGUCACUUUGAGGAGUGGGACUAAGUAUGAUGGGCCUAUAGUGGAUGACAAGGGAAAGAAGACAGAGGAUAAAAACUCUACUAGUCUAGCACAAGAGGAGGUUAUUGAAGACCUUCCAAAGAUAGAGAAGUUGAAAUACACAGAGCCUACACCAAGGAUCCUUAUCCUCAACGAUUCCGAAAGGCCAAUCUUGACAAACAAUUCUCCAAAUAUGGAAGAAGAUGAGGAUGUGGCUAUUAUAUUGGGAAGACCAUUUUUCGCCACGGGUGACAGUUGUUUUAGUAUUAAUGUAUUGGAGGAACAAGGUGAAGUGGUCAAGUCUAUUGAGGAUCCACUUGAGUUGAGUUUGGUUGCAAGUCUUGAAGAGCGUGAUGGUACUGAAGCUAGUGAAUAUGCUAAAUGGUUGAACUCAGUGGGGCAAAUUUAUAAAAAGAAAUAUGAGGAAUUAGGGCAAGUGCUUGAGAGACCUCUUCCAUCUAUUGAGAAGCCAUCAACUCUUGAGUUAAAGACAUUUCCUGAUCACCUUAGGUAUGCAUAUUUGGGUGAGAACAACACACUACCAAUUAUUAUUUCAACUUCGUUAUCUCUUAUUGAAGAAGAGAAGCUACUUAGGGUGUUGAUGGCUCACAAGCUAGCAAUUGGGUGGACUUUGACAGAUAUCAAGGGUAUAAGCCCUUCAAUGGUGAUGCACCAUAUAUUAAUGGAGGAGGAAAGUAAGCCUAGUAUCGAUGCUCAGAGGAGGCUUAAUCCUUCAAUGAAGGAGGUGGUAAGGAAGGAAAUCCUUAAAUGGCUAGAUGUAGGGGUAAUUUACCCAAUAUCUGACAGUGCAUUGGUUAGUCCUGUUCAGGUAGUCCCAAAGAAGGGUGGCAUGGCGAUGGUUAAGAACGAUAAUAAUGAACUAAUUCCAACUCGUACUAUAACGGGGAAGAGAAUUUGUAUAGACUAUCGUAAACUGAAUAAGCACAAAAGGAUCAAGAAAAGACUACCUUCGUGUGCCCUUAUGGAACAUUUUCAUUUCGGAGAAUGCCAUUUGGGUUAUGUAAUGCUUCACAAUCUUUCAAAGAUGUCUGAUGUCUAUCUUCUCAGACAUGGUGGAAAAAGGGCAUUUAAGACGCUGAAGGAGAAAUUAGUGUCUGCUCCAAUUAUUGUAUCACCGAAUUGGGAACUUCCUCUUGAAUUGAUGUGCGAUGCAAAUGAUUAUGCAGUAGGAGCGGUUCUGGGACAACGAAUUGACAAGGUAUUCCGAAUGAUUUAUUAUGCUAGUCGAACCUUGAAUGAUGCUCAAUUAGAUUAUGCAACUUUUGAGAAGGAAUUACUUGCAAUUGUCUUUGUGUUCGAUAAGUUCAGGCCAUAUUUAAUUGGUAAUAAGAAAAUGGAGAAAGAGGAACAAAUUAAUGAAAACUUUCUGGAUGAACAGUUAUUUUCCAUUGAAAGUGAAGAAAAGCUACCUUGGUUUGCUGAUUAUGUCAAUUAUUUGGUAGCUAAAGUUGUGCCUUUGGACAUGUCAAGGCAACAACUCAAAAGGUUCUAUUCGGAAGUCAAGCAUUAUUAUUGGGAUGAGACCACUCUCUUUCGUCAUUGUGAUGAUCAAGUAAUUAAAAGAUGUGUCCCAGGAGAGGAGAUGAUGUAUAUUCUUACUCAUUUCCAUACUUUACAUUGUGGUGGUCACUUUGGAGGAACAAAGACAGCAACAAAAGUUUUGCAAUGUGGGUUUUAUUGGCCUAUGUUAUUUAAAGAUGCUAGUGCCUUUGUUAAGAGUUGUGAUCAUUUCCAAAGGGCUAGUAACAUAUCAAGAAGAGGUCAAAUGUCGAUGACUGGAAUUUUGGAAGUUGAGUUGUUUGAUUUGUGGGAAUAG